AUGAAGCAAUUUGUUUUUGAGCUGAUGAUAUUUUUGGGGGCGGUCAUUGUUGUCAGUGGACACCUAUGUCAUCAACGCGAACAAAUCAUGUACGCCGCGGAAAAUCGUGAACUGCGAGGGUUUGUAUAUGCUAAGAAAACCGUGGGAUCUCGUGUCAUCUGUGCACGGGAAUGCAAUAUGAAGAAACGUUGCAAGUCGUUAAACUUUAACGACUGCAAUAAAAUGUGCGAGUUGAACCUCGCCACAAGACGAGAGCAUCCCGAAGACUUCAAUGCAACUCAAGGGAGUGUGUACUUUGAUGCAGAUGAGGACACACCUCUCUACUCACUAACUGAUGGCUCCUUGAAUCGCUACAGAAGUUGCAAGAUGCUCUUAGAUGCCGGUCAUCGUUCAAGCGGUAUCUACACAAUCUACCCAGAGGGAUUCGGGAAUGGCGGUCUUCGUGUCUACUGUGACAUGGAAACUGACGGCGGAGGAUGGAUCGUGUUUCAGAGGCGACAAGAUGGCAGUGUGGACUUCUACCGUAACUGGAUCGAGUACCAGUCUGGCUUUGGCGAUCUGUCCGGUGAGUUCUGGUUGGGCAAUGACAAGUUGGUGACUCUCACGUCUGAUGAUUCACAAGGAACAUGGGAGCUACGAGUUGAUUUAGAGGACUGGGAGGGCAACACGGCAUGGGCAAAGUACUCAGAUUUCCAAAUAUCCCCUGGUGAGUACAAUCUGAAUAUUGGCCAAUACGAUGCAAGUAGCACUGCCGGCGACUCUCUUGGUUAUUUUGACAGAUUCGUUGGGACUCACAGAGGACGUCCCUUCACAACAAGGGAUCGCGACAAUGAUUCAUGGGAGACAAAUUGUGCACAAAACUGGAAAGGAGCCUGGUGGUUUGAUCAGUGUUUUCUCUCUCAUUUGAAUGGUCCAUAUUUCCCGUAUGGGCGUGUACAAGAAAACAUGGGCGUGCAAUGGGAGACAUGGAAAGGGUAUUUUUAUUCUCUGAAAACGUGCAGCAUGAAAAUGCGUUAAUUGGGACGAUGAAUAAUUAAUUAUGUUGAAAGUUGGCAUUUGCAA